GAAGAAACCUGUAUACAAUGAAUCGUACACAACUCGGUAAGCUAUCCAAGCUUCGCAGUGACAAUGUUCCACCACAGCUGCCACUGGUAAGCGUUUCAGACGGAACGCCUUCUUGGAACGCUCGUAUAGAUUGCAAAAUCGUGCCGCAACGGAAGCUAUAACAGGUGUUGUGACCUCCAUGGCGUUCUUUCUUCUAUCUCAGAAACCUCAAGUUUCAAAGUAAUCUGCGACAUGAACGGCGAUCACCCUUUACUCCUCAGCUGUAUAUAAGUCAUCGCUGCGCCAACAGAAACAAGGCGACCCGCAUUUACUGACCCCAAUCAUGGUGUCUCUCACGUUCCUGGAUUUCAGUCUUGCCGCUCUGGGUGUCUUCAUACUGCAUCGCUUUUUCAGCAGCAAACGUAGACAGUCCCUACCCCCGGGUCCCAAGGGUUUGCCUCUUAUCGGCAAUGUCCUAGAUAUGCCUUCAUCGUAUGAGUGGCUUACGUUCGCAAAAUGGGGUGAACAAUGGGGAGAUAUCAUAUCGGUGAACCUCCCUGGACAACAUUUGAUCAUUCUCAACUCUGCCCAUGACGCAGUGGAGAUGCUUGAGAAGAAGAGCAACAUUUACUCCGACAGACCGACAUUACUGAUGGGCGGCGAGAUUGUGGGUUGGAACAGCACUCUGGCACUCACCCGUUAUGGAGAGCGAUUCCGCGAGUACCGCCGAUACCUCACUCGGAUAAUGGGUACAAAAUCUGCACUACAAUCGUAUCACAAUUUGAUCGAAGAAGAAACUUCAAAGUUCCUUCGACGUUUGUUACAAACACCGGAGCACGUCCAUAAACAUAUUCGCAAAACCGCCGGGGCCAUCAUCUUGAUGAUGGCAUACGGAUACGCUGUGGAAGAAGACGAAGAUCCAUAUGUCAACCAGGUCGACAAGGCUGUAACAGAAUUCACUAUUGUAACAACGCCCGGGGCUUUCCUAGUGGAUGUCCUACCAGUGUUGCGUUAUCUUCCCAGCUGGUUCCCAGGUGCCGGUUUUCAGAGGAUAGCAUCAGAAUGGCGAGAAGACUUGAGACAAAUGGCAGACAUCCCUUAUGAGCUUGUGAAACAAAAGAUGCGAGAAGGCGCAGCUCUUCCAAGUUUUACCAGCCGUCUGUUGGAAUCUGAGAAGCUCACCCGCGAGAAGGAAUUCAACAUUAAAUGGUCCGCAGCUUCUAUGUAUUCAGGAGGAGCGGACACCACUGUGUCUGCUAUCUAUUCUUUCUUCCUGGCGAUGACUUUGAAUCCCGAAGCACAGAUCAAGGCACAGAAAGAGAUUGACGUAGUGGUUGGCAAUGAUAGGCUUCCUACGAUUGCCGAUCGUGACAGCCUUCCUUACGUUGAUGCACUCCUAAAGGAAGUGCUAAGAUAUAAUCCCAUAGGGCCUCUUGGUCUUCCUCAUCGAGUAUCUGAUGAUGAUAUAUAUGCAGGAUAUUUGAUUCCUAAGGGAUCACUUGUCUUUGCUAACAUUUGGGCCAUCGCGCACAACCCAAAAGUGUACUCAAAUCCGUCGGCCUUCAAUCCCGAUCGAUACCUUGGAAGCAACCCUGAGCCUGAUCCUCGAGAAUUCGUGUUCGGAUUUGGAAGAAGGAUCUGCCCAGGUCAUGAGCUAUCCUCUGACUGUUUCUUCCAGUCAACUCACAGUGAAUUUCAGGCCUGAAUUUGGCUGAUACAUCUGUUUUCCUAUCGUGUGCUAUGGUUCUAUCCGUCUUCGAUAUAUCCAAAGUAGUGGAAGAUGGUGUCGUCAUUGAACCAGUGAAUGAAUGUACAACAGGAACGAUUAGCCAUCCGAAGGAGUUCAGAUGCUCUAUCAAACCUCGAUCAUCCAAGGCUGCCUCCCUCAUUCUACCAGAAGCGGCGCGGAAGUGAGGCGUGCCUCACAUAUCUCGAACUUUGCAAGGUCAACGGGAACCAAGACGAUCACCGCCAUAACAGGCUUAUAUAUGCCUUUCGGGCUCAGGAGGAGGACAGCUUUUGACCGGAGGGCUUUAGCAGGAGAGAUUCUGCGGUCCCAACUACUUGCAAUCAACAUAUCUUCUGUACUAUCCGAAAUUUCCCUUGAUAAUGAGUUCACGUAUUCACAUUAUAUGAAUGUAUAUGCCCACGUUAUACCUCUGUUUAUUAUCCACUAUCCGCUAAUACUUGUGCGACGACAUAGUCGCCGUCGUGACUGACGCUGA